UGUAGGUGUAAUAGAGAAAUAUCAACAAGAAGCAGACUGGUCAGAAUCAUGAUAACAGAAAUAGUGGUUUUGAUAGUGGUUGGUGUGGUGACCCUUGUUAUCUACAUAACCUGCAGAAAUAGACAAUGGACAUCUGUGUCUGGUGACUCUGUUAGCCAAAUAAAGGAAGAGCCAAAGAUAACCGAUGAUGUAUUAAUGUCAGAACGUGACGUGUCUGAAGAAGUGGACAGAGAGGGCGAGGUCACAACCCAGAAUAUGUCCAAACACAUUCCAGACAGCGCAGACGAUGACCGUGAUGAUGAUGAUGAUGAUGAUGAUGAUGAUGAUGAUGCUAUUGCUGAAGAUGCACGGAAAAGGGAGACAAUGGCGGAAGUACCAAACACGAAAAGUGAUGAUAACCUUCCUACAGGACAAAACGUCAGUGAUACAGUAUUGCGUGACACACCAGCAGACGUGCAAAUGCAGAAAACGAAAAAGAGAAAUGUAAUAAAAGUAAACAUGUCUCCAA